AUGUCGCCGCCGAACAGAGGUCCCCUUCUCUGUCCGAGCAGCGACAAGAGCCCCUCAGUGGGACAAGCGCAGCGGGACGAGCUGGAGGAGAAAGUGGAGGAGCGUUUGUUUGUGCGCAGGGCUCUGCUGGACGUCGGACUGGGCACUUGUCAUCUGGAGGGAGGCGGGCCGGGGUUAUCCUCAGAGACACAGAGAGGUGAAGUGGGUGACUGUGGCUGA